AGAUAAACUCCAAGAAUGACAACCAAAUAUGGAAUUAUUUGAACUUACAGUGUAUAUCGUGAUAUAUUUUCUUCUGUUUAUAUAUCCAGUCUUUUUAGUAGCCGAGACAUCUAUUAUAUCUUACUACGUUACCAAACUAUCAUGGACAGAGGCAAGGGAUUUCUGUUUCAAUCAAAGUGGCAUCCUUGAAAGUAACCACACAGUAAUCAGGGCACAAUCAGACAAUAUGACAGAAGAAGUGUGGACAGGAACUUAUACAACCUGGUCUGAGUGGGCCGCAAUUUGGGGCUGUAAUGUACAUCCACCAACCGUGUCAUCAGUUUUUGAAGACGACGACUACUCUGAAUGUCAAAGAUUUUGUCAGGCAACGGAAUAUUUUGGUUACAACGGGUCUUUCUGUUACUGUAUGGACAAACCACGUGUCUCAACACUGUUUACCUUCUGCAAGAGUUUCCCUAAAGACUUUAUAAAAGUCUACAAACAGAAUAUAACAGCAGUUAAGGCACCAUUACUCUAUACACCGAAAAUAGAACUAAGAUGUAUGUCUGCGCAGUGUCAGGAUGGUGAUAUUAUUUUCAGAUCAGAAAACUGUCGUUAUCUUUUUGAAGGAAUCUGUGGUAAGAACUUACAGUCGCAUAGAUCAAAGAUGUAUUUAUUUGAUGUCGAUUUUGAAAUUAUUUUCUGA